AUGAUAUAUGAAAAUAAUAUAGGCCGAAGAGUAUUUAAAAUAGAAGGUAGUGUAUCAGCAUGUAAUUAUAUUAAUAUUCCUGAUGUUUCUACCGGAAUAAAAUCAUUAGGUUUAACCGGAAGAUAUAUUUAUUUAGAAUUUAUUACUAUUAAAUAAAAAUAUUUUAGUAUUCAUUUAGAUUUUUAAGUUAAAAGUAGAGAAUAAAUAGUACGUUUUACUAUUACUAAUAUGAAUGAAGAAUAUAAAAAUUAAAACAAUUAAGUUCUAAUAAUUCCUUUUCCAAAAUAAAGUUAUGAGAAAUGGAAUAUUUUAGUACUUGAUAUCGAGUUCCUAUUAUAAAAUUAUGGACUUUUUAAACACGAAAAAAUUAUAAGUUUUUAAAAUUUUCAUAUGUUAAAAAGUCUAUAAAUUUGUUCUAAUUUACUUUUUAGAGGAGCUUUUACAGCCGAUUAUUUAUAUGAUCAUAAUGUUAGCAAUAUAUAAAUACUUUUUAUUAUUUUUGUCUUCUGUAAUUUUCAUAUAAUAACACAAUAAUCAUAUUUAAUAAAAAGGUUACUAAAAACGUUUUAUGGCCUUUUUAUUAUUAUAAUUAAUUUUAUAGAAAAUUACAGAAAGAAUAUAUAAAUAAUUUCUAAUAUAUAUAUAUAUUUAUUUAUAUUUUUUUUUUAUCUAUAUAAAAAUAGAGUUUACCAAGAGAAUUAGAUUUUAAAAUACUUUAAAAAGAUUAAAAAUGGACUGAUGUUUAUUCAAUAAUAUAUAUAAAGGGACAAGAAGAACAAUAAAAGGAAAAAAACAAAGAAAAUAUACCCGAAAACACCCCUUAUAUAUUAGAAAGUAAGUCUAUUUAAGAAAAUAGCAUAGUUUAGUCAAAAAAAACCACCCAAAAAUAUAAAUAAAAUCAUAUUCUCAAAAUAAAAAAUGUUAUUGGAUAUUCAGGAAAUAUAUGUCCAGAUAUAAAAUGGUCUAAAAAUUAAGAAAAUUAACACGAAAUAAUAACAAUAGUAGGAUCCUUAAUAAUCAUAAAUAAUACAUAAAAUCCUUAAAUAUAACGAAUUAUAUAAGGAAAUAAUAAUUAAAUACUUACAUAUGAUAUAUCUAGAAAUGGAAAAUAUAUCAUAUCAGUUUAAGACGGAAAAAAAAAUUAAAUAAGAAUAUGGGACUAUAUUACAGGUGAUAAUAUAGGAAAAGCUGAUAUUUUAAAUAUGGAAAAUGUCAAAAACAUAUCUAUUUCUUUUGAUUUUUAGUACUUUUGUAUAUAAGGAAAUGACGAAUAUAAUCGUGAAAUGAUUUUUUUAUUUGAAAUUUAAUAAAAAUAAGAAGGAAAACAGUUUAAUAUAGAAUUUUUGUAAAGACAAGCUUCAGAAUCUAAUAUUAUAUCCAUGAAAUACUCACCAAUCGAAAACACAAAAAUAAUAACCUGUGGUAAGGAAAACAUCAGAUUUUGGAGGAAAAAAAAUUAACAAAUGAUAAGUUCUCCAGUAAUACUCACUCCCUAAUAUAGAAAAACAGUCUUCACAGUCCUCGAAUACGAAUAUAUAUUUGAUUAAUUUAUGAAAAUAAAGCGAGUUUUCAUAGGAUCGAAAGACGGACACCUCUUCUAGGUUAAUUAUUAGACUUAAGAACUGGAAAAUAUAUAUAAAUGCCAUAAUAUGGCCAUUACAUCUAUUUGUUUUAGUGCAUCCUUCUGUAGUACAGGGGCCGAGGACAUGUAUUUAAGGGUGUGGCCUUUAGAUUUUAGUGAAUAUAGUCUAGAGGCUAAGCACGAGGGCGUUAUAUA